AUGACUACUUUCAUCUACAGGGGUUACAGCGGCGCAGUCGCCAGCAAAGGAGGACAAGGCCGAGCUCAGCGCUCCGUGUUCAAAUUCCACGUUCGCGAGCAGCGAUGGGACCGCGCGGCGGAUAUGCUGCAUGCCAGGGCUUGUCACGGAGCCGUCGUUGUGCACGAGAAGAUCAUGGUCGUCGGCGGCAAGGACGACAAGGAAGAGAUCCUCAACUCGGUGGAGUUGUACAACCCUGCGUCGGACAGCUGGGUUCCGUACCGCCAUCUUCCGCUGCCGCUCAUGGCCUGCGGCGUUGGCUUCUUGGGCGGAAUGGUGUAUGUGGUAGGAGGGGUGACCACCAAGAAGCAGGUGUUUACCGGCAUGACGCCCGCCGAAGUGUUGUCCACUGUGCACGCCACGGAUCCCAACGAGCGCACCUGGGUACGACGACCGAGUCUCCCUGAGCCCCGCGCCUACUGCACCGCUCUGACCAUCCACCACGAACUGUGGCUUGCGGGUGGCCUCAAACCCGCGGGCCGCGACCCCGCCAGCUUCACCAACCUAGUCGACGUGCUCGCGUUCGACUCACUGCGUGGUCGAUGGGAAUUCCGUUUCAAGCUCUCUCGUGCGCGUCACGCCGUCGCUGCCGCCAAUGCUGACGACCGCGUCUACGUCAUCGGAGGAAUGACUUGCCUGGAGGGCACGUCUGUGGAUGACGUAGACGUGUACCACCGACAGCGGCUCUGUUUCCUCGAUUGCCAGUGCCUGCCCAGGAAGCUCACAGGACGCGUAGUCUUGCACUACCACGUGCUCAAGAACCGGUGGGACCUCUGCGGGAUGAUGCCCGAACCGCGGAGCUACCACGCAGCCGUGCUCAUCGGAAAAACGGUCUACAUCACAGGCGGGUUCGAUCCAGAGACACGAAAGUGUGGAGAGCUGGUGGCCUGCAAGACCACGUUCGCCUACGACAUCGACACCAUGGAGUGGAGUCGUAAGGCCGACAUGAAAACUGGCCGAGCGGCGCACGGUGCGGCAACAUUCAAGGACAAGCUUCUCGUGUUCGGCGGUAGAGGUCGCUUCGGAAGAGCCGUGGCAUCGACGGAAGAGUACGACCCGUCAUCUGACACAUGGCGAGAGUGCACGCCUCUAGACGUGCCUCGAAUGGCUGUCGGCUGCGCCACGGUCGCUGAUGUCAUCUACGUGGUUGGCGGCAUGGUACCCGAGGAGGACGAUCUGUACCGUGCCGUGGACAGGGUCGACAUUUAUGACCCGAAGACACACAC